UAAAAACACGUGAUUAAACACGCCGUUGUUAAUUAGCCUUUCUUGCUGUCUGUGAAAACUUCAAACUUCAUAUUCAACCAACGUUGCAAGAGUGAGAUUCAGUCUUUAAGAUUUAAAGUCCAAAUAUGUCUACUGCGCGCAGAGUCACGUUCGACCAGACGCGAAAUGGGUUCAAAAGUUUAGCCGUUGUUGGAGCCUGUCUCCUAACGUUUGCAUUCUCCUCCGCCUGGUCGCUCCUGGAAGAAGAAAAAAGCGAUAUCAAGUGGCCGAAAGGAAUGGAACCGCUAACCGAUCGCCUGGCGGGAUUGAGAAAUAAACUGCAGGCAAAGAACGACAAAAGCUACGAUGAGUUUCUUUCCCCUUUGAGAUGGCCAUUUCCUUCUGGAGAAUUGUUGAAAUACACUCUAGAGAAAUGCGAUCCCAACACCGAAAUUGUUAAAAUAGACUCUCUGAAACUCGAUCCUGAUCCUAUACCAACAAAAGGGGAGAUGACUGUUUACAUAGAUUUCACAGUAGAUGAAGAUGUCAAUCCGCCCAUUAAGCUGGAUCUUGAGGUAUCAAGACGAGAAUACGGUACCUGGAUAGCCAUCAGCUGUACCGGACAUGUUGGUUCGUGCACCUAUGACAACGUUUGCCCCAUGCUGCAAAAUCUGUGCCCAGCUGAUGUAGCCGGAGAGCUUCCUUGCAAGUGUCCUUUGAAAAAGGGAAACUAUAAGUUCAGCAAGAAGGUUUCCAUGAAGUUAAAAGAUUACAUCGCAGGCAGUUACCAGGUUGUAGUGAAGGCCUCCAACAAUGAGAAAAAUCUGGCCUGCUACAAAGCUACUUUUAGUAUCAAAAGAACAUGAAGCAAAACCAAGAUGUAUAACUCUACACCACCAGCAGGAGCUUUGAACGUAUGAGUGUUGUCUUCACUGUCCCAUAGAUUUCCAUUUAUACUUGCAUUACACACCGGAUAUGCCCGUUGACCUGCUUUAUAUUGCUAAUUAUCCCAUCCUUUUAUUUUAAAAGGUUCAACAUACUUUCGGCCCAUGAAUUAUUGUAUCUUUUACAGUGAAAUGAAACGACCCUCCCUCUUUCCUGGUCUCUGUCUCUCUCUAUAUAUAUCACUCGAGCACGGCUACCAUCUCUUAAAAGAACUUUUUCAUGACAGAUUCCUUUCCAAAUCACACAAUUAUUCAAAAGAACCUGCACCCAUUAAACCAGUUACAUCAGAUCUGAACGAAGUUGUCUCCUCUCCGUGAAUUACGGCUAAAUUAAAAUGUUUAAAAACCCCUUUAGUCCACUUUUAGUCAGGGUGUUUCAAGGUACACUGAAGUUUAAUUCACAAAACGCUGGUCGUGUGUGUGUGUGUGUGUGACGUAUGUGCAAGCUGUUCGUGUUUGCAUCUGUAUUGUUUUUGCUCUAGUAGUAUUACUGAUGUGGACAGUUACAGUCAAACUGAAUUUCUAUUUGUUUUGGACCAAUAAAAUUAUCGUAUCUUCUCGA